AGGUCAUUGACAAUUUUGUCCUCAUCAGAACUCACCCACAGAUUUUCCCAGCUUCUCCAGCUCCUAACGUGCUCGGUCCAUUAAAUAUGUCCAGUGUGACUCUAGCAGAUACCAUAGCAACAGUGUGCUGUAAUCACUACAGGUUGACACUCACCAAGAAAGGCAAGCCACAACAUGGAAAAGAGUGGACACUUCUUGCUGCAGUUGUCAUGGAAAUCAACAAUGACUAUACAGUUGUUGCUAUGGGAACGGGCUCCAAGUGUAUAGGAGAGAGCAAGCUAAGGAAAGAUGGUGGCGUAUUGCACGAUAGCCAUGCUGAGAUUAUGGCAAGACGGGCAUUUCUAAGGUACCUUUAUGGCGAGAUAUCCCUGUUGUAUCAUGGGAAGGAAAGUGAAACUCUACAACAAGAUGGAGCCACAAACCUGUGUUCUGUAAAACCUGGAGUGAAAUUGCAUUUCUAUACAUCCCAGACACCAUGUGGAGACGCUUCUAUUAUUCCUAAAGAUGAAACAACAUCAUCGAGUUCUGGGAUAUCCCAUAUGGGAUUAGAUCCAUCUCAUAAUAACAAAUUAGCAAGCCUUCAGGAGAAGCUGCCUGAUUUGGAGAAAGCUGUGGCUAAAUCCACGGCAGAACUAAAUGAAAAAUCAGAACAAAUCAAAUUACUUAAAUCUGAAUUUUUGAAACACAAAGCUCGGUUGAUUCAAACUGAAGUUGAUGUUGAAAACACGUUUAUUGAAUAUAGCAACGAAGCUCAGAAUGAUAUUGAUAAUGAACAGAUUGAUGCAAGUAUUAGAUUCAAACUAGAAGACCAAUCAGCCAUGAUUGCCAGGAUUAGUAUGAUAUGUGAUGAACUGUCACCUCAUCUUGAUCAGCUUAGCACUGAAUUUUAUCAGAAAAAGUUUGAAACUGAAAAUAGCAUGAAGGUACUAGAAGAACAUCGUGCUAAAAUUCUCAGUGAAAUGGAACAACAGAGAAAUGAUCCUAAUGAUAUAGAGGAAAGUUCUGAUACAAGUGUUCAAAAACAUGGAAAGAAACGAUCUAAACAAGACUCUAAAGAUAUUACAAAAACAAAAGUUAAAUCUAAAAAGCAAAAGCUAGACAAUUCUGUUAUUUAUCAAAGUAAAGAUAGGAAAUGUAAAUCUCAAAACAAAGACAAUCUGUCCAAUAUUGCUGUACCAAGUACUUCAAAAUCUGCACAAGACCAGAUUCAACUGGAGAGUUCUGAUCUGAAGCAGUUGAAACCAGAUGUUCAUAGGACUGGUGCAAAAUGUGUCCCCAAGGGGUGUCAAGAUGCUCAUGGUGAUGGGAUUGAUUAUCACACAUUAGGAGCACUGAGAACUAAACCUGGGAGGGGUGACAGGACAUUGUCAAUGUCAUGUAGCGACAAGAUGGCCAGGUGGAAUAUAGUUGGAUGCCAGGGGGCACUGUUAAGCCACUUCCUACAGUGCCCUCUAUACUUCAACACAAUUGUUGUGGGAAGAUGUCCCUAUAGUGCAGUCUCCAUGCAGCGUGCAGUAUUAGAUCGCAGCCAAGGCGUAACUAAUCUGCCUGAAGGUUAUCGGAAUAACAAUACUUCACUCCUUAACAGUGCAAUAGAUUUUGAACACAGUAAAGAGAACUUGGAGAAGUCUACUACUAAACCAGUACCAUCAUCUGCAGCAAUUGCCUGGUACAAGGAAGCAGAUAGAGUCAUCCAGGAAGUUUCAGUUAAUGGAUAUAGACUUGGGACAACUAAUAAGAACAGGGGAAGACCAGAAUCUAGGUGUUGUCUAUGUAAAGCAGAGUUGUACAGGUUGUUCAAGAAUAUCAUCAAAACAUGUCCAAAGGAAAAAUUACCAUCCACUCUGAGAAACAUAAAAACAAGUCAAGAGAUGUCAUACAGUAAGAUGAAGAAAUCAGCUUUGGAUUACCAGGAGGCUAAUAAACAAUUCUUUAAUGUCUUCUCAACAUGGGUCCAUACACCUGCCUCUUGUACAGACUCUAUACAAUGAACUUUUGAGUUUUCCAUAUGGGUCCUUACCCCUGCCUUUAUUUAACCUUGUACUAUAUGAACCUUGAGUUCUUCACAUAGGUCUGUAAGCCUGCCAUUAAUUUAUUUAAAAUGAUAACAUAGUUUAAUAAAGAGAACCUGCUGUGUAUUGUUAAUUAUUGAUUUUCAAUUAAAGAACUGAUAACAAAACAAAAAACAAUAGCUCUUAUCUUCUACAGGAUCUAAGUCCAUACACUAGAGUGUCAAUAGCAUUUAGUUAAUUUUGAGUUGAAGAGGUCGUUAGAGUGUACAAGUAACUGAAUAAAUGUCAUGACUACUGGAUACCAAGAUACAGAUGAAAUUAUAAUAAAUAUUGAGGAUGAAGGUCAACUUGAACUUAUACAGGGACUUUUCGCUUAUCUAGAGGAUAGGCAAUUACCAAAUGGAAAAGAAUACCAUAUCUUCUUUUCACACUUUUCUGUAGACAAGAAAUGGGUCCUUCAAAUGGUACAGAUCCUAGAAGCUCCACCAUACAAUCUAAUAUGCUGUUAUGAUGAGAGGGACUUUUUACCAGGGCGUACAAGUAUAUAUGAAAUCAACAGGGCUAUAACUACCAGCAUGAAAACAGUGCUAGUAUUCACCCCCGAAGCUGUAGAAAGCCGUUGGUGCCAGACAGAGGUCGAUACAGCUAUCACCGCCGCAUAUGAUAAACUUAUCAAUAUCAUCCCCAUCAAACUUAGACCAUGUGCUUUACCAGACACACUGAAACACAUCAAUUAUUUAGAUGUCACAUAUUUGGAUAAGAAUCAGGCUACAGAACAUAUUCUUCAAGCAGUAACUAAGUGUAACGUCUGGCCUAAUUUGUGGUAG